AUGAAAAAUAAAGACCAAUACCCUGAAGCAUUUGGUAAUCAUAUUUUCCUCAUUCUAUUUUCUACACUCAAUUGGAAUAAAAAACAGAAACCAUGGACGUCCCAGACGCCAGAAAAUGUGUCAAAAGAAUAUCAAUCUAUGAACCGUAUUCUUGAUGACGAAUGUAGGAAAGGUCGCGACCUCCCGAGCAAGGGCUUGGCGACGCUGUCUCGAAGGACGUUCCUCUGGCAGACGGGCCUGGCCAGCGGACGCCCUUCCUGCCUCGGGCCCAUCAAGCACGCAAAUUGCACAGCAAUUUGGAUGCUUGUCUUCCGUCUUCUCCUGAUGACGCAAGCAAACAAGCUGAGUCACGCGUCUCAUAUAAGGGACGCUCUGUCAAGCUCAUUCAGUCUCCUUCUGCUCACCUUCGCAAACAUGAUCAAAGCCUUGACCUUCUUGGCUGCAGUGGCCGCAGUUUCUGCUUCUCCUCAACAAUUUUUAAAAGAUGUAACAUGUGAGGGAGCUGAUAAUGUGACCUCGUGUGAGGCUGAUCUGCAAGUCUGCAAGAACCUCUUCGCAAUUGAACAUGAUGAACAAACGAGGAGAGAAAUAUACAGGAAAUGUCUCGAUGUAAACGGCUUCAGCCAUCUCGAUGACGUGGACCCUGAGCUCCUCUUCAGCCCCACAGACGCACAGGCUCUGGCGCUCUUUGGUUCCGAGGAGAACCACCUGGCAGUGAAGCAGUGCGUCCUGCAGGAGCGUGGAGAGGUAAGGCCUGACGGAACAGUCGACCCUCAGCCCUUCCUGGACAGGCUGACUCCCGCCCUUAACGACACUCGUCCUGACCUCCUCGACCGCCUCGUUUCUGGCGCAGAGUCCUGCUUGCUCCAAAGCAUUGAGGAGUGGGAGGCCUGCAUCUUCUACGAAUGCUUCCUGGGGGAUUUCACAACACCUGUGCCUACAACUGUUGUUCCUGAGGAGUAAUGGUGUGAAAUCAUUCCUUUCUCCCGUGGAAAUCUUCAUGCCACGACAGUGUAAAUUAAACUAUAAUGACU